UUUCAGUGAAUUCGUUGGUUGGUGUUACAGCGGUAUUAGUUAGUGUUGGCUGCAUAGAAGCAGAUUGACUAGUGCAGUACUAUCUGUCUCCCAUACGCAGCGAUCGUGCUGCGUAGUGUGCGAGAAGUACUGCUUGCCGUAUGUGACAACGUGUGUGUAGUAUUUGCACCUUUUUAAAAAUGCUACGCGCGGCUCCUUUGUGGCGAGCUGUUGGAACUUCACUGUCAAACUGUACCCACCUAUAUAGUAGUCGCACACUCACACAAGGUGAUAAGAAGAUUGAAGUAGACUUAAAAUUUGAAGAUGGACAGGAAGCUUACAAAUCGAAAACUACAGGAGAACUUAUACGAGCCUACCUGGUACUUAAACUAUCAUCGAUGGAUUUCAUUUGUCGCCACAACGAACAGUUAAUGGUUCUUGGCCAGAAGAUCCUUGGAAAAUCGUUGUUCCGUAUUGUGAUGCGAAAAACCUUCUACGGACAUUUUGUAGGAGGGGAGUCGGAGGAAGCUAUUAAACCAAUGGUCGAGCGACUUAAAAGCUUCGGGGUGAAGAGCAUUCUCGAUUAUAGUGCAGAGGAAGACCUGAGUAAGGAAAAGGCGACAAACUUAGAGAUGGCGUCUCUCACAUCUGCGGCCGGAUACUACUCGUCGGGCUCCUCGUCGCCUCUACGAGCUCCAGUUUCUGUACUCCAAGAUACCCCAAAUUCCGAGGGCAGUCCUUUAGGAGGUAAAUUAGCCCAGUUUCAGCCGCAGCAGAAAUUCGCCGAUCGACGCAGCCAUCAUGUCACUGCUAGAACCUACUUCUACCUGAAUGAAGCACAAUGUGAAAAGAAUACGACAAUUUUUCUUAAGUCUGUCGACGCAGUUGCAGGAACGGGUGGAACCGGACUUGCCGCCAUUAAGCUUACGGCGCUUGGACGACCUCAACUUCUGAUGCAACUGUCAGAGGUUAUCGUUUAUACUCGUAAGUUAUUCCGUAAGCUGACUGGAAAGGCAAAAACGAUGGUUCUUGAGGAAGUCUCUCCGCAGCAAAUCGAGCAACAAUUAAGAAUUGACAAGGACCAGGAAGAGUACCGAAAAUGGCUUGACCGAAUGGAUUACGAUAAAAAGGGGUUGAUGAAUAUCUUCUCGUGGAGUGGUCUGGUGGACACAAAUUGCAUGAUCUCAGACCUUUUCAAGGUACCUAACCUUCAGACCGGGAAAAUGGAACCCAUUUUCUCGGCACUCACAAAGGAAGAGGAAGAAAUGUUCAGGAACAUGAUGCGACGCGUACAUACGAUUACCGAGCAUGCUCAGGCAGCCGGUGUUCGUGUAAUGGUUGAUGCGGAACAGACCUAUUUCCAGCCGGCUAUCUCACGGCUUACAGUUGAGCUAAUGCGAAAGUACAACAAAGAAAAACCCAUCGUCUUCAAUACUUAUCAGUGCUACCUCAAGGAGGCAUUUGAGUACGUUCAGCGCGAUAUUGAAUUAUCAAAAAGACAAAAUUUCUGCUUUUCUGCAAAGAUUGUUCGAGGUGCAUACAUGGAACAGGAAAGACUUCGUGCGGUAACAGUCGGCUAUGAAGAUCCUAUCAACGAGUCGUAUGAAGCCACUAACGAAAUGUAUCAUAAGGUACUAGAUUUAAUUUUAAGUGAGAUUGUGGCGUCUAAGAAGAAUGGCAAAAUCUCUGUAAUGUGCGCGACGCACAAUGAGAAUACAAUUCGCUACGCCGUCCAGCGGAUGAAGGAGCUUGGCAUCGGACGUGGUGAACGGCUUGUUUGUUUCGGGCAACUUCUGGGAAUGUGCGAUCAAGUCAGCUUUCCACUUGGACAAGCUGGGUAUUCAGUUUACAAGUACGUGCCCUACGGGCCAAUCGACGAGGUAAUGCCAUAUCUGUCUCGACGGGCUGUUGAGAACAAUUCCUUAUUGAAGAAAGUGUCGAAAGAGUUAGACAUGCUAAGCCAUGAGAUUAGACGCAGGAUACUUAAGGGUCAAUGGUUUUACCGGCCACGAGGUGAAAUUGUUUUGUAAGCGCUCUUAUCAUAUCCUGUGUCCAAUAAAUUUACCCCACAAAUCUAGGAAAAUAAACAACAAUGUGCUGCGUAAAUUACGCUUCCUGACAUAAGACAGCCCAGAUUCCAGGAGGCACAGGACCGCACUACAAACUAUCAAUAAGUCUACGGGCCGCUAAUACACAAGCUCACGUUUGAGGUAACGCACUCAAGAAAAACUAAAUUGCUGUAUACGCUAAGACACUAUUUCGGUUGUUACUUAUCAACAAAUACUAAACUUGUACUCCGUCGUGCAGUAAACGGUAAACUUGUUUACGUAUCUUUAUGACAAAAUUUUGUAGGCUCGAUAAUGGUCAACCAUUUGUCUUCAUUACUAACAUUCUUGUAUAGACAAUUCAAACUAAAUUUGUAACCGCUAAUUUCUUGAUUGUGAGGUCUUAAACGUGGCAAGCAGUGUGCUGAAACGAUGAUGGUAUUAUUUUUAUUUAUGGUAUUUUAUUAUGGUGUUUUACGGUGUAUAGUAUUUUAACAGGAGUCGUUCCAAAUUAAUAUUGAUUUCAACCUUUUUCAAGUCUGGAGCCUAAUGAUUUAUUAUUUAAGCUAAUAUACAAUUACCAUAUGGUGACGUUCUCAUUAUAUAGGCAGUAGAUUGUUAUUCUGACAUUGCAGAUAGAACCAGACACUUAUUUUGUUUUUUUGACAAAGCGCUUGCGCUCUUAGGAAUAGAUUUGAUGAUACUGUUUCAUUGUUGAAAAUAUGAAAUAAUAACUGGAAUGUAUUGAAGCGCAGCAAUGUGUAAACACAAACGUUAGGAAUUUAACCAAUUACAAUAGAACGACAAAAGGUACAGCGUCUGGGGAUGUAAUUGUGGUCGAAUGGCAUGGUAAUUUUUAUCGGGGGCAUUGCACAACAUGUAGCGAUCCUCCGUUUAUGCAAUCAGGGCCUCAUGACCGCUAGUACUAAAAUUUGUAAUUGAACUUAAGACCGCUUAAACUUAAGGUGCCGAUGAGAAUUAAUAAAGGUUCGGGAAGAACACGUUCGGGUUGCUGAUAUGAGCUAGACGGGCCGGGCCUUGUGUCCAUGUGCUGCUAUUUCAAUUCCGCUGACGACAGUAACUGAUCGAUAAGCGACUAAUGCCACCGUUGUUUUAAGUGUAAGCUACGAGUCUUUCAGGAUGGCGUUAAAAUGGCUCACUUGAUAUAUAAGACAAAUACAGAUGCAGAUGAUAAGUGUCUUACUGAAAAUGAUACUGCGUGUAUGGCUUUAACAGCCUGUUAUAAGAUCUACAAUCAUCAUAUCACUAAUAGAGCUCGGAUGACGUGGCACAACUGCCGUAGUGACUAUAUUUUGCGAUCAGUACGUUCCUGCUGCUAAAAGGCAGCAAUACGUGAUUGUGGUAUUGCUAUAUUAUAACGGUAUGAUUUGUUGUGUUACUUCCAACCAACAAGUUCCUAUUUAGUUUCAUAGGGAGUUUACAGAUUGGUCGAUAGAACUGAAGUCCUCAUGAUGUACGAGACUUUACCUAAAUUCAUAAUUGACAGACUUUUUCCCUAAAUCCGUUUUUGGUCUCAUUAGCGUAUUCUAAUCAUACAUACAUAUCAAAGCGAGACGGAGCCGGCGAAUGAAAGUACCAAUGACUGCUAUGGUAUAUGACUCGGUUAGUCGUUGAAAAAAUCAAUAAAUAUACUGAUAUAUAAUGUUA